AUAGAGGACCUGCAUUUAAACCAGCUAAGGCUGAUGUGACUUCUUUUUAGCUCUAAAUAUUGUAAUUUAUGCGUCAGCCUUCUGAUAAGUCCACAGUUAUUCCAAUCUACUCUGUCAAAAAAUGCGAAACAAAUUAAUUUCAGUCAGUGCUUUAAAUCCAAGGUACAAUAAAGAGAUUGCACCUCUUUCUUGGUCAGAGGGAGAUGUGCUGUCUGAGAUGUGGUGUCUUUGUUGACUUUCUAACACUUUUUCAACAUCUUUGAACAUCUUGUUUGUUGGUGAAAUGAUCAAAAUGCUGUGUUGAUAUGUCUUUUUCAAGGACUGGGAAGGGAAUGCCGCUUGAUAGGAAUCAAGGCCAAAGCGUCUCGGAGCAGAAAGAUUUGAGUUUGCCAGGAGACAUCCGGUUUAGCGCGCCAGAUGAAAGUCCCACUAGAGGUGACAACAUCCCUCUUUCCAUCAACACUGCAGCUUCACCGGUCGAACACAGGUCAAGCAGCGAAGACGUCCGUACACCUCCGAACUUGUACUUUGAUGUUGAUGAAGAAAAAGAGAACAAGCAUACAAGUUACGAAGAACUGAGAAAGAAACACCGUGAAAGAUGGACUCCACCCACCAUGUCUUCAGUAACUACGAGAAGGAUGGAACAGCCUAGGCAAAGAAGAGAGGGUCAGCAGGACUCUGCACCAGGUUCCAGCGAAGCACCGCUGUCAUGGUUUGACCAGGAUAACACCAGUGACGACCGUAGUGGACAGGAAACUGGACAGCGGAGUAACACUCAACGGGAGAGGUCUUCAUAUAGGCAAGGGCCAUCGCCCAGGAAGAACAAAUAUGGCGACGUCAUGGAAUGAUUAUGAUGGUUUCUAGCUUGCUGGUUUCAUAAUUCCUGUUCCUGUGCUUCCAAGGCUUUUGAUCAAUUAAUGUUAAAAUUUUCUGGUCCUUUCCAUUCCAUUAAGAGACUAGACUCCUCCUCCAAAUCAUUCUAAGAUCCUAACCGGUAGAGGUUGUGGAAACUGUAACAACGGCACAAAAUCGUAUGUUUCCAUUCAACUCCGCAGGAUUGCUAAACCUUUUAUGUUUUCAUGUAUAGAUGCAGGACAUAUUUUCUUUGUUAGGGGAAUUUCCACUUGAAUUACACAAUGUUAGGUAUUGGUGGUGGCCUUGUAAAAUAAAUAAACAAAAUAAAUGAUAUUAAAAAUAAAGAUCAGUGAGUGAAGACCAAUAGGCCCUUUGCACGAUCCGGUCACAUGGUACAAAAUUACGCAUGCUGGUAAGCAAGUUCCGCAGUGGAACUUCCAAAACCAAGGUAGGUCCAGGUGGACUGGUACGAGUGGCAUUGUUUUGGAAGUCCCACUGUGCAACUUGCUCACCAGCAUGUGUGAUUUUGUACCAUGUGACCGGAUCGUGCAAAGGGCCUAUUGCGUCUGUGACUAUGUACUAUAGUGAUUAAUAAAGUCGAUAACCACGAAGCUGAAGUCCGAUAUCGUUAUCGAUAUCGUUAGACUGGACUAUAUCACAACCGGAGUUGGACGACAUGAAGUUCUGUUACCAAUUGAUUAUAACCGUUAUGAUCAAUUAUGAUCAAUUGUGAUAACCAUUUGUGAUAGGCUAUCACAAAUGGCAGCAGUGACUUGUAUGUGAAGUUUAUAUGAAAUAAUUCAUAUAUGAACUGCGGUUGUAGAUGAAAGUGA